UCCCGUCAGGUAUGUUGCGUGCUGAUAACGCUCACUACUUCCAGAAAUGCAAAAAAAAAAAAGAAAGUGAUAGCGAUGGCCGUUUGCUGCCUUCUCCUGCUGGCACUAGGCGUCGCUGUCGCCACCGGCGCACUGCGGUCCAGUUCAGGUAGUGACGGGGGUGAAGGGGAUGGAGAUACAAAGGCCUAUGACGAAAAUUACGACAUUCCCCGCUCCAAUCCUACUACUGCGAGCACAACGACGACCACGACGACCACGACAACCACCACAACUAAGUCUCCCCUACCGGAGAAGACCAUCGCUUGUGUUGCGUAUUGGAGAAACAAAGCAUUUUUUCCAUCGGAUGGUCUCUGUGACAUCCUGUUAUUUACGCAAUGGUCGCCUUUCCCGUCUUCGGAAGCACUGUUUUCACAGUUUCUUACAAAUGCUCGGAGUAGUCUACGGACAAAGCACGGGAUGGACAUAGCGGCCUCCGUUGCUGCCACCGUUUACCAACAGCUGAGAUCCGCCAGUGGUAAGCAGGCGAUGAGGUCGUACUGGAUGGAUAAGAUAACAGUGUUCUCCACCUUCGACCUCGACUUGAAGACAUCCACCACGGAUGCAGAAAUCAGCAACAUCAUCAAUCUGCUGAAGGAAAUCGCUUCGCUUCAGGAAGAGUUCAAAAGGUCCAGAGAUGCGUACGCGUACAUUUUGUUCGGCGCCGCGCCGCUGUUCGAGGGGAAAAAUGACGCUACUGUUAUGAACACUUUGAAGACCAAGUUUCAGCGGGUGAUAAACGAAGCCAAACCCGAUUUGGUGCUCUAUCGCACAGCACUGUUGAAGGAUUUAUCAGGAGCAAACACGUCAAACUGCCAUGAAACUGGUCACACUGUGUGGGAAAACGCCCCUCUGCCCCACAUUCAGGCGUCGUUCGUGGAAUGUCUUGGAUUCAGAAACCAGAUCCGCUUGCCGCCGCCAACAAGAGAGGCGCUAGCGUUUCACUUGGGAGGUCGCUGGAGUGAUUUUUUUAGUCAACCCUUCACAGUUCCUGAGGUCAUGGCGCCGCUGGUGAUACCAACCAACAAACUAUGCCGAUGGAGUGGCUCAGCAUCAAGCCUACGAUACCUCUGCUAUGAUCCCGAAGACCAGGCACCGGAUGGGAAGAGGUUCGUAUGCUACCAUUGCCGGGAACAUGCACAGGACGUCAUCGACCAGAAGAGAGUGUUACGGCUACUGCGUUCAUUUGUAAACUGGGUGCUCGCCAUUGACACAAACGUCACAAUGAGAGUUAAGAUGUGCAAGGCAAGACAGCAGGGCUUUCACGGUGGCUACGUCAUGUUCGGCUUGCAGGAUAUUAUUAAUGGCAACGCUUUAGAAAAGAACAUCUGCAAUGACACCUACAGCGAUGGCUACAGGGAUAUUCUCCACGUCAAGGAUUAUCUGAACGACAAUUUCCGUGUGUGCCCAUCACUGGAAAAUUGGAAGAAACGACCCGACGACUGCCCAUCCAGUCCUGGUGGUCAUUGUUGACACGCUUCUUCUGCGAAACAUGAUAGCAGCCCUUGGAGUGUUUGGCUAGGGAAAUCACGUGUGCCUGCUCACAAUGACCGUUUGCGAGAGAAUAUAAGACGGUAGAGAGCGGAUAAAUAUGCACUAAAAACUUGUCAAAUAUGCCGUAAAAAUCGACAUACGCAUAAACAUUUUUGUUCCAUC